AUGGUCUCCCCCUCCCCUUUCUAUUCCACCACCUCCCAUCUUCCCAACCCCACUGUACCAUUCCACCACCUCCCAUCUUCCCACCCCCACUGUACCAUUCCACCACCUCCCAUCUUCCCACCCCCACUGUACCAUUCCACCACCUCCCAUCUUCCCACCUCCACUGUACCAUUCCACCACCUCCCAUCUUCCCACCCCCACUGUACCAUUCCACCACCUCCCAUCUUCCCACCCCGACUGUACCAUUCCACCACCUCCCAUCUUCCCACCCCGACUGUACCAUUCCACCACCUCCCAUCUUCCCACCCCCACUGUACCAUUCCACCACCUCCCAUCUUCCCACCCCCACUGUACCAUUCCACCACCUCCCAUCUUCCCACCCCCACUGUACCAUUCCACCACCUCCCAUCUUCCCAUCCCCACUGUACCAUUCCACCACCUCCCAUCUUCCCAUCCCCACUGUACCAUUCCACCACCUCCCAUCUUCCCACCCCCACUGUACCAUUCCACCACCUCCCAUCUUCCCACGCCCUCUGUACCAUUCCACCACCUCCCAUCUUCCCACCCCCACUGUACCAUUCCACCACCUCCCAUCUUCCCACCCCCUCUGUACCAUUCCACCACCUCCCAUCUUCCCACCCCCACUGUACCAUUCCACCACCUCCCAUCUUCCCACCCCCACUGUACCAUUCCACCACCUCCCAUCUUCCCACCCCGACUGUACCAUACCACCACCUCCCAUCUUCCCACCCCGACUGUACCAUUCCACCACCUCCCAUCUUCCCACCCCCACUGUACCAUUCCACCACCUCCCAUCUUCCCACCCCCACUGUACCAUUCCACCACCUCCCAUCUUCCCACCUCCACUGUACCAUUCCACCACCUCCCAUCUUCCCACCCCCACUGUACCAUUCCACCACCUCCCAUCUUCCCAACCCCACUGUACCAUUCCACCACCUCCCAUCUUCCCACCCCCACUGUUAUACCAUCUGA